AUGAAGCGCCCGUUGGCAAACCCUGAUCCGAUAGGUCGAGACGAGGGUGGGUCGACACCACCAGAGACCCCAGUUGCAUUGGUUCCGCCGUGCUCAGUGCCGAAUGCUCCGCCACCACCGAGGCUGAGCGGGACAUGUCAACAGGCGGGCACGGCAUCACGGGGCGAAGGCAGCAUCUCCCUGGAAACCUCCAUUGCCUGGGUGAGAGAAUGUGCGGCAGUCACUCCAGGAAAAUAG